CGUGCAUUCGUAUGACUUUGUCUGGACUCUGGAGUAGAAAGAAGUGAAAGAACCAAAGAGCAGUCUAAAUUCAUAAACGCGGAAACCCGGCCAAUCCUCCUCAACAAUCCGUAUCUAUUCAUCCAGGUUAUUCGCUCGCGAUUGAUUGGAUGCAAAUUUCAGUUUCAUUCGGUUUCAGAUUUCGCACAUCACUUGAUCUGUAUUUAUUUGAAAUCUUUUCAUUAAAUUGCUCGAUUUCGUAUCAUCCAGAUCUAAGAUUUGUUCAUUUAUUAUUUGAGGAUGAUCUCGUUAACUUCAUUAUUAGUUUACUUUCAAACGAUGAUUGCCUUUUGACAUCUCUACCUCAGUUUUUCAAUGCCACUGUGUUUUCUGGAUCUUUCAUUUCGACAUGUUGUGUUAGCGGAUGUAAUUAGGUUUUGAUAUUAUUGGGCCUGUUAGUGGGCUUGUGAUUAGGUUAGAGUUAUUUUUGUAUAAAUAAGGCGUUUGUGAUCAAUGUAUUUAUAAAGUUCAGAGCCAACCUGGGAACCUAAACCCUAGUUUGUUCUAAUUUGUUGCUUCCGGUGUUGCCGUCGCCGAUGGUUUGUCCGGCGACGGCGGCGUCACCAUCUUUUCCCUUCACCUUGUUUUCUCGUCCUUUUUUUUUGCCGUCCAAGAUCUUGCGGUGCUGCACCUUGCUGACAAUUAGAUUUGUCAAUUAGUCGUUUGUUGCCAAUCGCCUCUGUUAAAGUCUCGGGAAUUGCUUCAUUCAUUCGGCCGCCUCAAAGUUUCAUUUAACUAGCGUGGCGGAUCUGGAAUCAGAUUGUUCUUUUUAUAGCUGCCAUCAAACUACUCAUUCUGUUUGGUGUCGUAUUCAGAAAUUUUCAACCUUUAUCAAAUUCAAAUUAGUCUCUUCUUGGCUAAUUAAUUAUCCGUAUGGUGCCUAGUAUACCAAUUUUUUUUUUUGCCACGAAGGUGUCAUCAAAGGAUAGUGGUAUACUAGCAUGUAGUGGUCUUUCCUUUGUUUUAAAAGGGAAAAAAAAAAUCUGGUUUCAUUAAUUUUGCAGCAGUGAGUCAUUUAUAAUCAAUUGGCGAGUGUUUGGCUAUCAGUGAUGUUUCGGUUCUGUUCGCUGAUUUUGGUGGAUUUAGCAGCAACUUCAAUUAUUGGUGUUUGGCAAUUUUAGAUUGGUAUUGGUAUUGGUUUGAUUUGUUUGUGCUUUGAGGAAGAAGGUUUUUAUGUUCACUCUACUGUUCAUCGAAAUUUGAUGACGUUUUGGCGACAUUGUUUUUGGUUGCUAUUUGGUAUGUUCAUGUGCAACCCGUUGUAUGUUCGGCAUGUUUGUUUGUGAGGUUGGUCGCAUAGUCGCGCCUCAGUUCGACAUAUCAGUUUGUGAGGUUGGUCGCAUAGUCGUGCCUCAGUCCGGCAACACGGCUUCCAAGUUUGGGAUGCUUGUUAGUCGUCCCCGUGUCACCGCGUGGGAGUCAUUCGUCAUCAAAAUUUAUUGUUCGUGCCGGGCCAGUCAUCUUCGUUCGUCGUUGUCACAGCAGAUCAAGUUCAUGUUGUUUAUCAAGUUUUUUUUUUAGUCCUAGUUUUUUUUAAUUGUCCAAGUUGUGCAUUCGUUAACAUAAUGCUCAACUUGAGGGGGAGUGUUAGCGGAUGUAAUUAGGUUUUGAUAUUAUUGGGCCUGUUAGUGGGCUUGUGAUUAGGUUAGAGUUAUUUUUGUAUAAAUAAGGCGUUUGUGAUCAAUGUAUUUAUAAAGUUCAGUUCUAAUUAUAUUUCUACAUGUUGCAUUUACAAACAGGGAGCAGAAUGGGGGAGAGAGUUGAGACCGGUGGCAAUACAUUCUACUGUGAUAUUCCAACAGAGGUCUUAACUGAGAUCCUGCUCCGGCUUCCGGUGAAAUCUUUAAUCCGUUUCACUGCAGUGUGCAAGUACUUGCUUGAACUCAUCAGAAAUGAUCCUAAUUUCGCGAGGAGACAUUGUCUCACGAAAGCCAGGCCGUCGCCGUCCACUCUGAUUGACCAUGUUGAUCAUCUUGUGGACUAUGGCAUGCAUGGGAGAAAGUGCAGGUCUACUGUCCCAGAUGAAGCGUCGAAGGUCUGCUUGUACUCGUUCACGGAAAAGAGGAAAUUACGUCUCGCAAAGAAGAUUGAGUUUGGACCCGAAGUGGACGUGGCUGUGUCCAAUUUCCAUCAUGGUUUGAUGUGCGUGUAUGUGACUUUUGGGCGUUCGUUUGGGUCCAAGGUGAUGAUAUGUAAUCCGGCUAUUGGUGAGGUUGUGCCGUUGCCGCUUCCUCCACACCACAUUCUCAAUAUGAGCACCCUUCCCACACCUGCACUCGGAUUUGAUCCAAAGAAAAACGAUUACAAAGUGGUCUUAUUCUGGCCACCAUCAAAUUUUGCUAGAUCUAAGUACUGGGAGGUGGACGUGUUCUCUGUUCGAGAUGGCCGCUGGCAUAGUCUCCCAACCAGAGGCGCCAUGAAUAAGUUCCAUCGCUUCCUCUGUGAACCUGUCUUGAAUGCCAAUGGGAGCAUUUUGAACUGGUUCGGCUCUCUUGAUUCAACAGACUCAAAGCUGGCAAUAUUGGCAUUUGACAUGGCAGACGAGGUGUUUCAGGAUGUGAACAUGCCAAAUUGUUUAAAUCCCGGGAAAUGGCGUCUACAUAAUAUCGUGACCUCUAGUGGAUGUCAGGCCAACAUUUGUUGUUCAUCUCGCCCUCGUUUUGAUCCCACAAAGAAAGAGGAAUUGAAUUGUGCUGAUGUGUGGCUGCUAAGCAAAGAUGAUGAUCAGCAGCUAGUGUGGAACAAAGAAUUUUCUUUCGAGUUUCCUGAUGAUUUGGUAGUUUGGCCGUCGAAUCUAUGGCUGAAUGACAAUGAGCUCUUCAUUUACAUAGGCCACCACUGCAUUGAAGAGGAACUGGCCGUUUUCAACUGGGUCACCGGGGAAGUCGCUCGAACCAGGCGAUUGGGGGAUCUUUCAAACCCAGGUGGCUAUGCGGAGAGCUUGAUCUCAAUCAAGCAAAUCAUUUCAACAUCCUGUCUUCAAGCUGCUGCUGCUCAAGAUGAAGAUGAAGACAAGGGAAGUCCUGCUUGUUUCAUGCGAGAAGUUAGUGGCAAAAAGGGCAAGGUGCGUUGGUCUUUUAACUUUAAGCUUUGUCGUAAAAGGGUUGCACUUGUCGACGCUUUAGAUUAACACCCGUAGUGGAUUUGUUACUAUGUGUCUUGAGUAUGGUUCGAAUUUAUUCAUCUGAUGUGUUUUAGGACUAGUGCUCUUAUGGUAUGUUCUGUGAACAAAAGCACUUAUGCGAUAUGUUGGAGAUAUCUGAACAACCCCUUUGUGGAAGACAUUAUUGCACUCUUUCAUUGGCUCACUAGUGUCUUGUAUUGCUAUAAAAUGCUUGGGUUCAU